AUGGCCGAAUUUGCUCAAGCCUCCGACCUGAAGGCAUGGCAAGCUCUUCAGGAGCACCAUAAUACUCUAGGCCGCAAUAUUGUACUCAAAGAGGCUUUUGAACAAGAUCCAGAUCGCUUCCAAAAAUUCAGCCGCUCCUUCCACAACACUGCUGACAAUUCCGAGAUUUUGUUCGACUUCUCCAAGAACUUUCUGACCGAGGAAACACUGAAGCUCCUCAUCGAUCUGGCCAAGGAAGCCGGUGUCGAAAAACUACGGGAUGCUAUGUUCGCUGGUGAGAAGAUCAAUUUCACCGAGAAGAGGGCUGUAUAUCAUGUUGCACUUCGAAAUGUGGCCAAACACCCGAUGCAGGUUGACGGAAAGAGUGUGGUGGAAGAUACACAUUCUGUCCUUGAGCAUAUGAAGGAAUUCUCUGAGCAGGUCAGGAGUGGCUCAUGGAAGGGAUAUACUGGCAAGCCACUAACAACCAUUAUCAAUAUUGGUAUUGGUGGCUCUGACCUUGGCCCAGUGAUGGUAUCGGAGGCCUUGAAGCCCUAUGGAAACCGAGACAUGAAGCUGCACUUCGUUUCGAACAUUGACGGCACUCAUAUUGCUGAGGCUUUACGAGAUUCCGACCCCGAGACUACCCUCUUCUUGAUUGCGUCGAAGACCUUCACUACAGCAGAAACCAUCACCAACGCCAAUAGUGCGAAGUCAUGGUUCCUAAAGUCGGCGUCGGAGAAGGACAUCGCCAAGCAUUUCGUGGCCCUCUCGACUAACAAGGAGGAAGUCGAGAAGUUCGGCAUCGAUCCUGCAAAUAUGUUCGGAUUUGAGUCGUGGGUUGGUGGACGUUAUUCGGUCUGGUCUGCUAUUGGCCUGUCCGUCUGUCUGUUCAUCGGGUAUGAGAACUUCCAGCAAUUCCUCGCCGGUGGUCAAGCUAUGGAUCAACACUUUUUGAAGACGCCAUUGGAGGAGAACAUUCCGGUCAUUGGGGGUCUCCUCAGCGUCUGGUAUUCCGACUUUUAUGGCGCUCAAACGCAUCUGGUCUCUCCCUUCGACCAAUAUCUUCACCGCUUCCCAGCUUACCUACAGCAACUAUCCAUGGAGUCCAAUGGCAAGGCCAUCACAAGAUCUGGAGGCUACGUCAAGUAUACAACCGGAGCCGUUCUCUUCGGCGAGCCUGCCACCAACGCUCAACAUUCCUUCUUCCAAUUAUUGCACCAGGGCACGAAGCUUAUCCCGACUGAUUUCAUCAUGGCGGCCGAGUCGCACAAUCCAGUCCAAGGCGGCAAGCAUCAAAAGAUGCUUGCGUCAAACUUCCUUGCCCAGGCUGAGGCCCUGAUGGUUGGCAAGACGGAAGAACAGGUCAAGGCUGAGGGUGCUCCAGAUGAAUUGGUCCCUCACAAGACGUUCUUGGGCAAUCGGCCAACCACCUCCAUCUUGGCGCAGAAGAUGACCCCGGCCACUCUUGGUGCGCUGAUUGCCUACUAUGAGCAUGUCACCUUCACCGAGGGUGCGGUGUGGAACAUCAACAGCUUCGACCAAUGGGGCGUGGAGCUUGGCAAGGUCUUGGCGAAGAAGAUCGAAGCAGAGCUUGAGAGUUCCGAUGCUACUGGCCAGCAUGAUUCAUCCACCAGUGGCCUCCUUGCUGCUUUCAAGCACAAGGCCGGGAUCUGA